UGGAGGGGUUGAUGCUGUUCAGCUAUAGACCUGCACUGCUAUGGAGUUCCCACCUCCUCUUCCAAAUUAGCCCCGAUGAUUUCAGAUUGCUUGGCAUUAUCUCCCUGGGGCAGUUGGUGUCUGCAGCGUGUGUCAGCGCAGCCUUGCGCACAUUUGGUUUCACAAUGUGCUGCCUGCAGAAAGCGCUCGCUCCCUGAAGGGAACGGCUGUGGUUUCAUAUUUCAUUUCCCUUGUACACUACACCCGAAUUCCAGACGCUUGCUGGCUUUACUGCUGCAUGGGCUCAGAGCACAGGUCUUUUGCCGAAUCCAGCAGACAGAUAGGGCUUCCCUCAGCUCAAGGGAGUGGACCAUGAAGACGUCAAUUUUAUUUCUGCUUUGCCUCUCAGUUUUCCCAGGCUUUUCCCAGGGCAGAGUUGUUGGAGAGGAUGAAAGUGGUUUUGCUGAAUGUAAUGUGUUCUUCUCUGGACAAGUCCCACCAGAAGGAUUUACCGAGCCGUUCCAUGUGAAAAUCUGUCAGCAGUACAACAAAGAGCCACGAUUUGCAACACUCUACAGUACUAAGGACAAAAUCCCUCUUUAUUCAGCUUUUAAGUAUACAAAACCAGCGCAAAAUGAAGAGGAGGAGUGGCUGGUUGAACCGCAGAUUGAUGAUCCAGAAAAUGAGCUACAAGAGAUGGUGCAUGAAGCUGAUAUUGAUGGCUCUGUUGCUAACCUUGGUGCAAAUCAGGCCCUGACCUCAGACUAUGUGGGCUCUGGUUAUGAGAGAGGGCUGCUGAAUCCCAGCUUGCUUAAUGAGAAAGAUUUCCAGAUGGCCACUUACACCCUUACGAACGCCGUUCCUCUGAGCCCAUCUCUCAGCAAAAGCUGGCACAGAGACAUCAGGAGGGUAGUGGAGCAAGCUCUAGUCCCUCACUGUUCCGAGAAGGAUCAUCUGUAUCUCCUUGCAGGUGCUGUUCCUUCCAACAUCCAAGUUAACGGCAAGGUGUCAGUGCCAGAGAGUCUCUGGCUGGCAGCAUGCUGUGAUGCUCCAGAAGGAUGGUCUUUAGGACUGGUGAAGAAAAUGAAAGAUGAAAGCAGUUUGGCAGAGCUAGCAGUGGGAGAGCUGGAGAAGCAGCUUUUAGCAGGAGUUCAGUUGUUCAAGGGCAACUGUAGGGAAGAUAACCAAAGCCAGGAGAAAAUGGAAGCAAUACGGCAAAUUGUUGCUCAGAUCCAGUCUGGAGAACAAGCAGGAACAAGUGACAACCAGGAGGCCAAAGACAGUGGCUUAGUGAGAAAAGUGGCUGGCAUCAUUGCCACCCCUUUCAUCAAACUUCUGGAACUCCUCAUCUACGUGUUUGUGGAGCUAGUGAAAUUCAUAUUUUAUUUUCUGUGGCUUAUUAUCAAGCGGGUUGGCAGUACUCUUCUGGAUGGAGUCUACAGUCUGUGGAAUGGGGUGGUUUUCUACCUUACAGAGAUCAGCAAGGUGCUGAUCAGCAUUCCCUGUGAUGUGGGGAAGGUCAUCAUCAACAUCCUGCAGGGCUUUCUGGAAAUUAUUCAAGAUGUCACAAUCUUCACCUACAAGAUCCUGAGCAUCCCCAUGGGAUUUGUCCUUCACCUCGCUGCUUUCCCUUACUACUCCAUCUGUGCCAUUCCCUCCGUCCUCAAAGACAUAGCCACUGGGAUUGGUGGCACCUUCUCACUGGUUAUUGAUGCCACGGCCACCCUUCUGCAUGGCUUUUACUACCUUGCCGCUCACAUAGCCAAAAGGUUUGUCCCUAAGGGCUCCUCUGAUGACUGAUAAGAAUAGAAAUCAGAGCUGCAAAGACAAAAAGUGAAAGAGGAGUGGAGUAGUGCUUUAAGAAAUGUGGCCAAAUGCUGUCAAUUCUAUUCUGAUAUUUAUUGCAGUAACAUUAAUAAUAAUGAACAAAUUGGGGAGUAACAGGGAGGGCCAAAGUAAAUUCAUCAGGGGACACCACCAUUGUAACUUAAGUUCUACCUACUGUAAAGUAUUUGAGCUUUAUGAGUGCAGGUCACAAAGUUUCUGUGAUGUGCAAAUGUCAAGUUGCUUCCUCUGGGAGAUACACUCUAAAUGUGGUACAAGGUUAUUUCGUUCCGACUAAGUUGACAUUGAGACCUAUGCACUGGCAGUGAACUCUACAGAACCACUUUCCUAUCAGGGAGGAGGUGGUAGUAAGGGGAGAAUUUUAGUUGCAAAGGGUUUUCUUAAGCCUGGAGAAAGGAAAAGGUUAAGGGUGCAAGAAUUAGGGGCUGGGAAAUGGUGGGGAGUGGUAGGCAGCGGGAAGGGAACACAGAGCUAAAUUCUGCUGUUUGUUGCACUGUUCAUUUCAUUGAGGUUCCACUGGUGGAGCUCAAGGAAGAGUUAGGCCAGGUGUAUUUUAUGCAAUAGUUCUCAAGCCUUGGCCUUUCAAGGCAGCUGAAAUCACGUGGGUCUUAUUUUGAGGAAAUACUAGCUGCCAGUUCUUUCAUGUAGUGGGAAAAUACUUUCCCUUAACCAUACCAAGCUCACUUUCUCUGAACCAUUCCUUGCUCUCUGGUGACCACUAAAGGUCUAAACACCAAAGUUCUUGUUCUGGCUGGCCUGCUUUAAAGCCCAGAAGAGAGGCGUGAGUCAUGCUUUAGGCUGUGAAUCAAACACCCAUGUUUCGGUUACCAGCCUGUCUUGCCUCCUUUUAGAGCUGACCCUUCACCAAAUAUGCAGCAGGAUUUAUGUGCCUGAAAUCUCUGCAAGACGAUACCCAGGCUGAAAAGCAAAAAUGUCACAGGCAUCCUUCUUAGGCAUGCUCUGAAAGUCCAGCUCACAUGGAGAAAAUGAUCCUCCCGCAUUUUCCUCUAGGACAGAGGAAAAGCAGCUCUGCCUUUCUCACUUGUCUGAAUCAGCAGCAUCAGCAGAAGUCCUUAUGAAGAGGGAUGCAAGGAACGUGAGAGAGGAGAUGCGUGGGGAGCACACGGGGAAAUUUUGCUGCUUUCACACUGAGGGCUACUAUGUUUUCCUAGAUGUUUCCCAGACACUGGAGCGCAGGCGACUUGCAGAGUGGGGCAAGGCUCUGUGCUAGGGAGAGCAGAUGAUUCCCAUUGGUGCUAUGUUACAUCCCAGGGAGUGGCGGUGAUCUAAGGAACCAGACCUGUGCCAUGCCCAGGACUUCGAGGAAGUUAGUCCUGGAAUCAGGAAGGAAAUGGCAAAAGGAAUAGGAUGCUCGUGGCAAGUUAAUUACACUUGGAAGUCCUGCCAGCACUGACGUGGCAGGGCAGAGGUCCUCUGCCACCCGAGACAAGAGGAAAGGUGAUGUGGCUCUCACAGCUACAGGAAUCAGCAGUGCCCAGCUCAACCUGAGUCCUAGCAGCACAGUCUCUGGUAGAUCUGGACAUCUCCUUUCAUUGUUUGUUUUCUGAAAACCAGAGAAAGGAAAAAGUGUUUGUGUCACCCCUUUCUCAUAUGAAGAUUAUUGACAGUCAAAAGGAAGGAGUGGCGGGAGGGAGAUCUGGGGCACAACACUCAUUCUACUGCAUAACUACCUCUCUAGAUAGCCCAUAGCUCAUUCCACAAGCAGACUUAUUUAUGCUGGGAGGUGACACAAUCCCUCUUCUUCACCGCUUCACCAGUAAUAAUGCAAUCCUCACUGAUGUGAGCCGGGACUCCUGGGCACUCUCUACAUCUGGGACACCAGAGCUGGAGAGUGUGCGGGAACAGCUCUGAUUAGCAGGGAACAGUCACCAAUUAUCUAGACCCAGCCUCACCGUCACAGGUGAGCCAGGAGAGUAGAAAUGCACACUGAUAGCAGAGUAGGGCACAGUGGCCCUGUUCCCCAGGGCUUCGCUGAGCUCUGCUCCCUCCUUCAGUCAGGUAGGGGGUAGGAGAAGGACUGCUGAUUUCUUGCUGCAGCUCUUUCUGAGGGGGAGAUGCUCUGGGUGACAGCAGUAGCAUUUGAUCUGGCUGACAGACUAGGAAUGUGACUUGGAGUGUGCGAAAGGCAUGCAGGGGUUCGACAAGGACAUGCACGACCCCUGCCCUUGACCCCCACCUGUGUCCCUCCUUCCAUUUGGUUCUAGGUUAGUUGUGAUCCCCCAACCUGCCGUAGCGGCACAUAAUGAACACUCACUCUUAGCCUGGAGGUAACUCUGCUGCCAUCUGUGCUGGGGACCCCAUCUGUGCCUUGUUGCUCAUGACCAACCUUGAGUUGAAGAAAACCCAAUUAUUCAACAUGGCAACUUUGCCUC